GGCCUCACUGCGCAGGCGCCCGCGCGGCGUGGGCGCCGGCGUGGUCCCCAUGGAGUUCCCUUAGCAGAGCCGGCAGCUCCGGGAGCCUCCGGGAUGAGCGGCGCGGAGGCCGAUCGCUGGGCGUGGCUGCUGGUGCUCAGCUUCGUGUUUGGGUGCAAUGUCCUCAGGAUCCUCCUCCCGUCCUUCUCCUCCUUCAUGUCCAGGCUGCUGCAGAAGGAUGCGGAGCAGGAGGCCCAGAUGAGAGCAGAGAUCCAGGACAUGAAGCAGGAGCUCUCCACCGUAAACAUGAUGGAUGAAUUCGCCAGAUACGCCAGGCUGGAGAGAAAGAUCAACAAGAUGACGGAUAAGCUUAAAACUCACGUGAAAGCUCGGACAGCUCAGUUGGCCAAGAUAAAAUGGGUUAUAAGUGUUGCCUUCUAUGUAUUGCAAGCUGCCCUGAUGGUGUCGCUCAUCUGGAAGUACUACUCUGUCCCCGUGGCUGUGGUGCCCAGCAAAUGGAUCACGCCGCUGGACCGCCUGGUGGCAUUUCCUACUAGAGUUGCAGGUGGAGUUGGAAUUACCUGUUGGAUUUUAGUCUGUAACAAGGUUGUGGCGAUCGUGCUUCACCCUUUCAGCUGAGAGAAGACGAAUGCAACUAUGACAUUUUAGAGAAUGGAUUUCCACUGAGAUGGUUAAAAAUCUGAUUUAUACUAUUUUUUUUUUUGUAAGGAAACUAAAGCACACAGGUUAGUUUUUUUGUUGAAUGCGUUCUUGGAUUUCAUGUGAGAUACGAGAGUCAUGAUUUUGUACACUUGUCACUGAGCUGGAAGGCCGGGCUUUCACACGUGUGACCUGGCCAUCAAGUCCCGGGUUUGUUACAAGAUGGCACCUGGGCAUCCACUUAUUGGGGGGUGCACCGUUGGCAUACUUUAAAGGUCACAUUGCCAACCAGAGAAUCAAAGUUUUCUAACUUAAGUACCUUAAAGACUUUGCACUAUUUUUAUUCCAGAUUAGAAAGUGAUUUAAAUUUUAAAACCACUACCAAAAUUUUAAGUCUCCCAUAGUACUACUAAAAGAAUAACACUAAUUGACAUUGCUUGUGUGGUUUUUCUCUCUGUUUAAAGGAUCAUUUGUGGGAUGAGCCGUUGUAUAGUGUUAUCUACUUAUUUGAAGUUGUUAAUUUUUCAUUGUGUUUUAUAAAUGUAGUCAUGAGAUCAUAAUGCAUUAUUUGAGGCUUGAAUUGUGUUUUAUAUUUAAAGCAUUUCAGAUGAAGUGUGUUUUAUAAGCACUUAAUAUUUAUGCUCUGUAGAAUGGAACAAACUUAACAAAGAUUUCUGACUAAAUUAAUUUGAGUGGAUACAUUUUUUAAAACACUUUUUUUUUUACUGUCUUUUUUUUUUUUGAAUUCUAAUCGACAUAUAACAUUGUAUUGGUUUCAGGACUAUAACAUAGUGAUUUGAUAUUUGUAUACACUGUGAAAUGAUCACCACAGUAAGUCUGGUUUCCCCAUGUAAAACACUCUUUUUAAUUAAAAUUUUUGCAAGGG